CAUCUAUCCCUCCGUACACACCAAGGAUAAAGUUGUAGAGUUGAGCUCUCUCACUGGCAGCUCUUCGAUUCUUCAACUUCAAGCAAACGGGUCUUUCGUCAUAUUGUUUGAGCGAAAGGCCUAAAGCUAAUCCAUUUCGUUUCUCUCACCUCAUCUUCUGUGCCUCUUACACCUCGAUAUGCUUGCUUAGUUCUCGGCCCUUGGGACUUGCUUGGAAUUACAGCUCGCGGGAUUUCAGUCCAGACAAGCACAGUAGUUGUUCGGCGAAUCAUCAAUAUGGACCAUGUUUGCAGGUUCAACACUAAGGAAUCAUCCCGUUCGGAAGAUGUCAGAGUUGGUGACGUCUCUUCCUCUUCAGAUCAGUUGCAUCGAGCUCCGGCUGCUCAUCACUACGUACAGCUGGAAGUGCCUGAUUCGGAAAGAACCGGCCUUGACGUGCCGGACCAGUUCAUCAAGGCCCAAAUCGCCAAUCACCCUCUUUAUCCUAAUUUAUUAUCUGCUUACAUUGAAUGCCAAAAGGUCGGAGCUCCACCAGAACUGGCGUUUCUUCUGGAAGAAAUGAACCGUGAAAAUCACCCCAUCAGUGCUCAGGGUCAGAUUGGGGACGAUCCUCAACUUGACGAUUUCAUGGAAUCAUACUGUGAAGUUCUUCGGAGAUACAAAGACGAGUUGUCCAGGCCCUUCAACGAAGCGACCUUGUUUUUGAGCAAUAUCGAAUCCCAGCUCCACAACCUUUGCAAGGGAACAUUAACGACCUCAACGGGAUGUCGAUCCGAGGACGCAGGUGUGACUUCAGAAGAGGAACUAAGUUGUGGUGAGGUCGAAGGUGUCGAAGGUGCUGGAGCUUGUGGCAGUUGUGAAGCUGAUAAAGAGAUCAAAGACAUGCUUCUUCGUAAGUACAGUGGCUAUCUCAGCAAUCUCCGGAAGGAGUUCUUGAAGAGAAGGAAAAAUGGUAAGCUUCCGAAGGAUGCAAGGAUGAUAUUGCUCAAUUGGUGGAACACCCACUACAGAUGGCCUUAUCCCACGGAAGAGGAGAAAGUGAGGCUAUCGGAAAGGAGUGGACUGAAUCAAAAGCAGAUAAAUAAUUGGUUCAUCAACCAGCGGAAACGGCACUGGAAGCCAUCUGAUGAUAUGCGAUUUGCCGUCUUGGAGGGUGUAAAUGGGGCCCCCUUCGGCCCCCCUUUCUGCUUCAACGCUCCUCCUCCACCCCCUCCCCAACCUCAUUGAUAUUCCUCAACUCUCCCAAUCCACCCUUCUUCUGUGGUAUAUCUCUAUACAUAGAUAUGUAUAUAUAUGUAUUUGCACUUGUGCUCCAAGAGAUCAAUUUUUGGGAUCUCCACACAAACGUAUGAGCUUCCUCUCAAA